AUGGUUAGGGUAAGCUUUAAUUUUUUGUUUCUUUCAGCUCCCUACAGUUUUGAUAGGGACACCCUGUUUUCAAUACUAGAAAAAGAGAAAGAGAAGGUGACGGCAAAAUUAGAAGAAUUCGCCCAGCUUCUCAGAGACGCCAAGAUAAAUGGCACUGUUAAGAGCGUUCAUUCAGCCAGCCCCGGUGAGGGAAUCUGUAAAAUGGCAAAGGAGGUGGAGGCGGAUCUAAUUAUUACAGGGACACGUGGUAUGGGGACCAUUCGUCGUACGUUACUGGGCAGUGUCAGUGACUAUAUACUACACCACGCCCACGUCCCCGUCAUUGUGUGCCGUGACUAGAUCUAACAGGUCAGUCACGUGAUUAGUAAUCCAAACAGUUCAGUCACGUGACUAGAUCCUAACAGUUCAGUCACGUGUUAAUUAAAUAACGGAAAUAAGAAUAUGUAAUGUUCUAAUAGAUAUGUUUGUAACCAGACAGAUGCACAUGUGCCAUAUACGUGUACUUCACGUAGAUAUCUGUAAGAAUGUAAAUGUGGUGUUUAUGUUAUAUUUGUUACAAUCUAGAAAUGUGAUUCCAAACUCUUUAUGUUCUUAGUUCAUUCAUAUAAUGAGAAAACAAUAAAUAAAGAUACAAUUUUUUGA